GGGGAAGAUAAAUAGAAAGAACCGAGAGGAAGUUGUUGUCAGUGCCGCCGCAUCAAUCAUUUAAUAAUAUGUGUUUAGUUUUCUCUUUUUAAAGCCGUAGACAUUUACAAAAUAACUCUGGAGGAAGCUGUCGCCUUGCUGGAACUAUAUUUAGUUGUCAUGAUAAUUUCAUUUUCCUGGGCUAUUUAUUUUAUAUUCGUCUCGAAGCCAUUGUUUGGGAAGAAUUAGCACACGUUAGCAAUGGGUCGAUGACACAGACUGCACAGUUUGACUGAACACCGCCCAGCGUCUCGCGCCGGGGAAACAGUGAACGGGCAAAAUGGAUUUUUCCAAAUUCCUGGACGAUGAAUUUGAUGUGAAAGACUGGGUGAACGCCGCCUUCAAGGUGGUGCAGAAGGACGCGCCGGGGAAGGCAGACACGCACGCAGCCACACUGGUCAUGAAACUGCAACUGUUCAUCCAGGAAGUCAACAACUCCAUCGAGGAGACCAGUAAUCAGGCCCUCCAAAAUAUGCCCAGAGUGCUACGAGACGUGGAGGCUUUGAAACAGGAGGCUUCUUUCCUCAAGGAGCAAAUGGUUCUGGUCAAAGAGGACAUCAAGAAGUUUGAGCAAGACACUGCACAGUCUAUGCAGGUCCUGGUGGAAAUAGAUCAAGUGAAGAGCCGCAUGCAGGUGGCAGCUGAAGCUCUGCAGGAGGCUGACAAAUGGAGCACACUGAGUGCAGACAUUGAGGAGACCUUCAAAACACAGGACUUUGCAAUCAUUUCCUCCAAGCUGACCAGCAUGCAGAACAGCCUGGCCAUGUUGGUGGACACACCGGACUACUCUGAAAAGUGUGUUCACCUGGAGGCUCUGAAAAACAGACUGGAGGCUCUGGCCAGCACGCAAAUAGUAGCAACCUUUAAUUCCAUGUCUAUGGACCAAGCCAAGCUGUUUGUUAAAGUCUUCACAGAGAUCGAUAGGAUGCCACAGCUCUUUGCCUACUACUAUAAGUGUCACAAGGGCCAGUUGGUGAGCAUGUGGCAGGACCUCUCUCAGAGUGAGCUCAGUCUGAAUCAGCAGCUGUCUGAGUUCUACGACACCUUGCUCUCCUCGUGGCACUCUCAAUUACAGUGGAGCAGCCAGGUGUUCAAGAACCCGUAUGAGGUGGUGACAGUGUUGCUGAUCCAAACUCUGGGGGCCAUGGUCCCGUCCAUCCCUGUGUGCUUGAGCUUGGCCGUGGAGCGGGCAGCUCAAGAGCAGCGCCUCGACACUCUGCUCGAACUCCAUCACACCACGUCCACCUUCGGACACAGCCUGGAGGCCGCCAUGUUGCCGCACCUGGGUGAGAAUAAUCUGCUGAAGGUGAAUGAGCUGGUCUGUGCGCUGUAUGACCCCUACAAACCUUUUCAACUACAGUAUGGAGAUCUGGAGGAAGUUCACCUCCUUAUCCAGAUCAGUGCUAUACCUUUGGAACACGGGGAGGUUAUUGAUUGUGUGGAAGAGUUGAGCCACUCUGUUGGCAAGUUGUUUGGCCUGGCCAGCGCUGCUGUGGACCGCUGCGUCAAACUGACUGACGGACUGGCCGUGUGUGGCCUCCUCAAAGCCCUCAAAGCACUUUUCACCAAAUAUGUGUCGGACUUCUCCACAACACUGCAGUCAAUCAGAAAGAAGUGUAAACUGGAGGAGACACCAAGUGCAUCUGUUUUCCAGGAGGACUGGACAGCCUUUCAGAACUCUGUCAGGAUUAUUGCCACUUGUGGAGAACUGCUCAGACAAUGUGGAGCCUUUGAGCAGCAGCUGUCAAACAAGAUCUUGGGCACGGCAGGUAAGUACUUGUCAGAGACGUAUAGUCCACGCAGCCUUGCAGGCAUCCAGGAGGCCAGCUCUACAGAGAGGAAGAGCAGCACCAAGAACCCCUGGCAGGAAUACAACUACCUUCAGAGGGGAAAUAUGACUGAAUACAACAGCCUGAUGGAAGUCCUCUACUCCCUAAAGGAGAAGGGCACAGGGAACUCCAGCCUGUUAACGGAGCCCAGAGCAGCUCUGACCAGACUCAAUCAGCAGGCCAACCAGCUGGCCUUCGACUCCGUCUUCCUGCAAAUUAAACACCAGCUCUGCCUCGUCUCCAAGAUGGAGCGACAGGAGGCACCUGGUUUUGGAGAGAGCUACACAGAGGACCUGCCUACUUACAGCCUGUCACCGCAAGAAUACAUCACAAAUAUCGGGCAGUACCUCAUGUCUCUGCCGCUCCACUUGGAGCCAUUUGUGACUCAGGAGGACCCGGCACUAGAGAUGGCCCUCCAUGCUGGGAAGCUGCCGUUCCCUCCAGAGCAAGGCGAUGACCUUCCCGAGCUGGACAACACUGCAGACUAUUGGCUGGGCUCCAUUGCUCGGGCCACCAUGCAGACCUACUGUGACGCCAUCCUGCUCGUUCCCCAGCUGAGCACUCAUUCCACUAAGCAGCUGGCCACAGAUAUCGACUAUCUGAGCAAUGUGAUGGACGCUCUGGGCCUGCAGCCGUCCCGCGCCCUGCAGCACAUCGUCACCCUGCUGAGGGCCAAACCAGAAGACUACAGACAGACCGCCAAGCUGCUGCCUCGUCGGCUGGCCUCCACCAUUGCUGCUGUCCGGUGCAUCGACUACUAACAGCAUGGGGGAGGAAGAUGGGUUCUAGUAUAGUGGCUCUCAGAACGGCAUGUUUGAAGAAGAAUGUGUUGUCAACUGUAUAUCUGGUGAACAUGUUAUAGUCCCUUGAAUCUCACAUUUGGGGCUGCAAAAUAAGUGUGGCAUUUAGUUUGAAAUCAGGGUGGUUCUGUUUUUUUUAUACUGAUUAUUGUUGAACUAGUGGGACUUUGAAUGACCAAUGGUGAUGAUGCCAACAUGUGAAAGUGUCUUGACAUCUUUCAUUUCUGCUUUUUUCUUUUUUAAUUGCUGAAGCAUCUAAGGAAUUAACUAAAUGUAAUCCAUCAGGGGAUGUAUGAGAGCAUUUGAAAUAUAUACAUGACUGAUAUAUUAGUUGUUGAUUAUUUGUCACUCAUAUAAUUCAUCUAUAUUAAAUUAUAUUAAGGUAA